AUGGCAGCUCCAACGGCAUCCCUUUCACCGCUCCGGUUCGCCAAUGGGUCGGCAUCAUAUACCUUUCCGGCUGGUGAGAAGAUCCUAGCCUCAGUCAACGGACCUGGCGAAGUAAGUCGACGCGAUGUUCAGAAUCCAGAGGAAGCAACCCUUGAGGUGCUGGUAAAGCCUGGCGUAGGCGUCAGUGGUCCGGGAGAGCGGUAUGUCGAAGGAGUCCUGCGUGGGCUGUUGGGCCGAGUUAUCCUCAUGAGAGACAAAAAUAUGGCGCGCAAAGGGGUGGUCAUUACUCUCGUUGUGGCUGAGAAUCGCAUUGUGGAUGGCAAAGUGGACGUUCGAGGUGGAAGCUACCUCUCGAUACUGCCUUCUCUAUUACAUGCCGCGCUCCUCGGAUUGUUGUCGGCAGGCAUACCAAUGGCUAUGACAUAUACUUCGUGCCUAAUCGCCAUAUCACCUUCAAGCGACUUGCUCGCAAACCCAUCGACGGAGCAGAUAAAAACUAGCACUUCUUUGCACGUUUUGGCAUUUUCCUCUAAGGGGAACCUCCUUCUAAGCGAAAGCCAGGGCUCUUUCAAUUUACAGCAGUGGGAAGAUGUCCACGAUCUUGCAGAAAAGCUGUGCCAUGCUACUGGCACUAACAAUGGGGACGAAGACAUCACAAUGGACGGAGUGGCUGGCAAUACUCCCAAGAAUUUCAUCCAAGAAACGGUUGAAGAUAAGGUUAGAGAAGAAUUUGCUUGGAAGCUUGCAGCUGCUUGA